AAAUUCUUCAUCAAACAAGCCUCCCGAAUCUCGAUCCUCUCGUUAAUUAGUUAAUUGUCUCACACAUAUAUAUAGAUGACAAUGGUCGUUUAUCCCACUUCAUUUCAUCUUGCAACAAUCAUUUGUCUCAUGCUUCUCCCUUUACAUAUCUCAGCCACUGAGGGAUUCAGCGUUAACCUGAUUCGAAAAAACUCUUCCCAUGCCCAUGUCCUCCCUCUACGUCGUCUAAUGGAGUUAUCAGCUAUGGAAAAAACUCUUACUCCACAAUCCCCAAUAUAUGCUUACCUUGGUCACUAUCUCAUGGAGCUCUCUAUUGGAACUCCACCAUUCAAAAUCUAUGGCAUUGCGGACACGGGCAGUGAUCUCACAUGGACCUCAUGUGUGCCAUGCAACAACUGCUACAAGCAACGUAACCCCAUGUUCGAUCCUCAAAAGUCCACCACGUAUAGGAACAUAUCAUGCGACUCAAAGCUAUGCCAUAAACUUGACACAGGCGUGUGUUCUCCUCAGAAGCGUUGCAAUUACACCUAUGCCUACGCAUCUGCUGCUAUAACACGAGGCGUUUUGGCGCAGGAAACAAUCACACUCAGCUCAACCAAAGGGAAAAGUGUUCCUCUUAAGGGCAUUGUGUUUGGUUGUGGACACAACAACACGGGUGGUUUCAAUGAUCAUGAGAUGGGUAUCAUAGGCCUAGGAGGAGGGCCAGUGUCACUCAUUUCUCAAAUGGGUUCUUCCUUUGGAGGGAAGAGGUUUUCACAAUGCUUGGUCCCAUUCCACACUGAUGUUAGUGUUUCUAGCAAAAUGAGUUUUGGUAAAGGGAGUAAAGUGUCAGGGAAAGGAGUGGUUUCUACACCUUUGGUUGCUAAGCAAGACAAGACCCCUUAUUUUGUUACCUUACUUGGCAUUAGUGUGGAAAAUACGUAUUUGCAUUUUAACGGUUCUUCACAAAAUGUUGAAAAAGGUAACAUGUUCCUUGAUUCAGGGACACCCCCAACUAUUUUACCGACCCAAUUGUAUGAUCAAGUGGUGGCUCAAGUGAGGAGCGAGGUUGCGAUGAAACCCGUUACGGAUGACCCGGAUUUGGGUCCCCAGCUUUGUUAUCGAACAAAGAAUAAUCUUCGUGGGCCUGUGCUCACGGCCCAUUUUGAAGGUGCAGAUGUAAAAUUGUCGCCAACUCAAACCUUCAUUUCUCCAAAAGAUGGUGUUUUCUGCUUGGGGUUCACUAAUACUAGUAGUGAUGGGGGGGUUUAUGGUAACUUUGCGCAAUCAAAUUACUUGAUUGGGUUUGAUCUAGAUAGACAAGUGGUGUCUUUCAAGCCAAAAGAUUGCACCAAACACAAAUAGGGCCAUGCCUAAGACCUUGUAUCCGUAUGAAAAGCAUUUAUGUUAUGUUGUGUCAUUUAUCAGCAUAUUCAUUGAUGGAUCAAUUAUGGCUUUUGCUUAAAGUGAAGAUUUUCAAAUGUUUCAAUUUACUCUUAAGUUAUGCAUUUCAUCUGGCUUGCUGUACCUUAACAAAUAAAUAACAGCUAUAAAAAACGACACUUGUCUUUUUUUCUUUAGGAAAUAAAAUAAUCAGGCACAAGGGCAAAACGGAUAUACACUCAAGAUCGGGAAUUUGUGUAUGAUUUCUUUAUUUUAUCAAUGUUUUUCCAGUAUAUUUUCAA